AUGGAAUAUUCUCAUCAAAAUCUCGAUAGUUAUUUCAUGUGGUCUCAAUUAAUAGUUGAAGUUUUAUUAAAAAUGGAAGAAACAGUUCAUCAAAACAAUUUCGAUUUGUUUAUUAAAAAUUGUAGAAAGCAAUAUGAUGGUAAUGUCAAUGAUAUGGAAAUUAUUCACCAAAUGGAAGAAUAUUAUGAUGCACAAGCUGCACUCUAUUGGUAUACACGCGAUUCAUUUCUAUAUCGUAUAUUAAACCGUGCUUUACGAUGUCGAGAUGAUCACACAUUAAUUAGCCUAUCAUUUUUUAUUCGUGAUAUUUAUAGUCGAUUAAAAUUCGAACAAAAGAAGUUUGCCAAUGAAUCGACAAUUAUUCGCGUGUAUCGAGGACAACUGAUGUCAGAUGUCGAAAUCGAAAAGAUGAAAGCCAAUAUUGGACAUUUCAUUUCAAUGAAUAGUUUCUUAUCGACAACGAAAGAUCGAAAGUUGGCAUCAGAAAUUUAUGCCGGUGCAAGAAACACUUAUACUAAUUUAAAAGAAGAAGGUGUACUAUUUGAAAUUGAAGCUGAUACUUGUUUAGUAGAUGCUAAACCAUUUGCCGAUAUCAGUCAACGUAGUGCAUUUGAUAAAGUAGAACAAGAAAUAUUAUUUAUGCUUGGAAGUGUAUUUAAAAUUAGUAGUGUUUCAAGAAAUGACAAUGAAAAUAUUUGGAUAAUUAAAUUACAGUUAAGUAGUCAAGAGGAAAAUGAUUUGAAAUUAAUUUUCGAAUAUAUGAAAAAUGAAAUACCGAAGGAAACCAAUUUGUUGUCACUUGGUAAUAUCUACUAUCAUAUGGGAAAAUAUUUUGAAGCUGAACGUUAUUUUAAUAAAAUAUUAGAUUCAUUAUCUGAAAAUGAUGAAGAUGUUGCAGGAUGCUACAGUAACCUAGGCAUGAUUGCCUAUUGUGGCCAUGGUGAUUAUAAAAAAGCGUACGUCAAUUAUUCAAAAGCGCUUGAACUUGAACUGAAGAAACCAUUGCGGCAUAAAUACAAUCUUGGCACUAUAUUUAACAAUAUAGGCAAUGCCUUAAAACAGCAGGGUCUAUUUGAACAAGCAUUAACACAGUUUUCUAAUAUUUUCGAGUUAGAUUUAAGUAGAAAAGGACAUCAAGGUCUUUUAUUAGCUAGUGCAUAUCUUAACAUUGGAAUUGUUUACAACGAACUAAAAAACUACGAUUUAGCUAUAAAACAUAUGAACGAAUCUUUAUCAAUUGGAAUGGAAGAACUUCCUAAAAGUCAUCCAUAUCUUGCAAGCACACUCAAUUACAUUGCACUUGCACAACAGCAUGCUGGUGAAUAUGAAAUUUCAAUGCUUAACUUUCAAAAAGCAUUGUCUAUUCAACUGAUGUGCAUGCCAAAUCAUCCUGAAACUGCAAUUACAUAUAAUAAUAUUGGCAUGACCUACGCUAUUGGAUUCGAAAAUUAUACUGAAGCUUUAAUAAACUAUGAGCAUGCAUUGAAAAUAUAUGAAAAUGCUUCAUUAACAGUUAAUCAUCCAGCUCUGGUAUCACUACUUACAAAUAUUGGCUUCAUACAUCGAUCCAAACACGAUUACAAUUUAGCUAUGGAAUAUUAUGAGAGAGCACUCAACAUUCAAUUAGAAUGUGCACCAGAGCAUUCUACUGUUGCUGUUAUUUAUAAAAAUAUAGCUUCAAUAUAUGAACAUGGAUUUCAAAAUCAUAAUGCAGCUUUAAGUAAUUAUAAAAAAGCAAUUGAAAUAUUCAGAGCUGUCUCACCAAACAAUCAUCCAGAUUUAGCGAAAACAUUAGCAACCAUGGCUGAACUUUAUAGUCAUAUGGAUGAAUACAAAUUAGCUUUGAUCAAUUACCAAGAAGCACUGAACAGCUUGUUGAUUUCUGCACCAAAUCGAAUUGAAACUGCCGCUACGCAUGUAGGCAUUGGCUUAGUUUAUUUUAAUGGUUUUCAAAAUUAUGUUGAUGCCUUGGUUCACUUAGAGAAAGCGUUGGAUAUCUACAAAAAUCUAUCAUUAUCAGAAGAAAUAAAUGCUGCUCAGAAUUGUAUUGAUGAAAUUAAGCAACUCAUGGAAAAUGAUGAUCCACUGAGUUAUCUACUGAUUCCAAAUCAACGUUAUUCAAUGAGACAAAUAUUAGGUAAUGGAGAAAUUCUCACAAAUAGUAAUCAAACUGGAGAACGUGUUUCCAUGUCUGAUUUUAUUAAAAAUAACGCCGCUAUUGGCUUAUAUAUUGUAGAUCCUUCAACUGUAAGUCGCCAGUUUACUUUAAAAUUGGUUGAUAUAUAUAACAAACUGAUAGUUAAUAAUAGAGAUCGAUCAUUAUUAUUCGAUAUAAUUUAUAUAUGGCUGUAUGACUUUGAUAAAGAAUCAUUUGAUGAACAUUACAAAGACAUGCCUUGGAAAACAAUACCCUAUGGAGAACAAAAUUCGAUGAUAUUAAUCAAGAGAUUAGAGAAAUACUUUGAUAUGCAAAAAAUACCAACGUUAAUUGUUUUGUACGCAUCGACUGGUGAAUGUUUAACAAAUAAUGGCUAUCCAGUCAUUAGUAAAAUGGAACUGAAUGCAAUAGAAUCUUGGUGUUGUGGCAAAAAAGUGUUUUGUCCUCGAUUGCCAGAUGAAGAAUUUGUUUGGUAUCAUAUAUGUUGUGACGGUGGCUGUGGCAUGUUUCCAUUUAUUGGGUUGAGGUAUCACUGCAAAAUAUGUGGAGAUUAUGACAUGUGUGCAAAGUGUAAACAAGAAAAAGGACAUGAACAUGAAUUACAUUUAAUAGCACCUUUGUAUGAACUCGAUGAAGAAAAUUAA